AUGCCCGGGAUGCUUACAAGGUCGAAAUCACUGAGGUUUCUGAGAAACAAUCGCAGGGACGCCACGGAGCAGGACAAUGGGGACUCAAUGCCGCCUGUUAAGGGCCCUCAAACAGACUUUGACAAAUACAAGGCAACGACUUCCGAUUCGAGGACCGAAGGAAAGCUAGGAGUUCCGGACAUGGCAAAGCGGCCAAGCACAUCAGGUGGACCUGGAGAGCGUCCACUCAUGUUCCAUAGGAAAACAAAUCCUGGACCAUCGAUCUAUUCUCAGGAUCAUAUCCACUCCUUUCAAUCACCCACUACUUCGACAACUGUACUCUACAGCCCAGACGCCACGAAAGAGCAGGGAGUCAUUGGUAUCGCUCUUGGGUCGCCUACCUCAAGCUCACACUGGAAAGUCACAUCUCAGGCGGCAAUAUCAACAAUAGAUCCUAGGUUUCCUGAUUCCCCAAUGGCGACGCUCAGCCAACCCAACGAUUCCUCAGUCUCCCUGGCCAGCCGCCCGGAAGCACCAAAAUCUAAACUCAGCCGAUGGAAGUCGUUAUUCCGGAAAGCACCUCCACCUCAAGCGGAAAAGCCCUCAUUCUAUCAGCUGGCGCAGACCGUCACUGCAGCACCGCGCGCAGACAGCCACCAUGAUGAAGAAGCACUUGAGCCUCAGGCACCUCAACCGGAAGAAAAGGAGAGGGAGAAACUGCGCAGUGUGUCCCCGCCCACCUAUCGACCCAACAUCCGAGCAUCGCGCAAAUGGGCACCAGGAGAGUUUGUUCCACCUCAAUCGCCACCAGAGACGUCUGCGGCUAGGGAACGUGCAUCAACGCUCGGAAGUGUCCCAUCACAUGGACCUGCAAAGUCCAUGCAACGGGCUUUUACAACACCGGAUCUGGGAGCGCGAGGCAUGCCAGACGACGUCCCACCUGUGCCACAGGUUGAGGUAUCGAAAGUCAGCAGCAAACCGCCACCACAAGAUUCAACCGCGUCUGCAGGCGAUGGAGGGCCUCUUCUUGACGUCAGUCUCCCCGAUAUCACAAUGGAGAGAUACAGUGUUAUGUUCGGAAACCUUUUGCAAUCUGACCUGAACCGAUCAUCUCUCUUGGCCCGGCGACAGGGCAACACGGAGAAGGUCAAACCAUUGCAAGAACUGUCUGCAAAGGACAAUCAAAAGGACGAAAGUUCUGUAGAUUACAGCCUCCAACGCAGGGUAACGUCGCCUACUCCAGCGUCUGGUUCGCCCCGGCUCUCACUCUUCCCCUGCACCAACCCAAGUCGCGCACCAUCACCUCUCUCUGGAUCCGUGAUGAACCGCAGCAGGAAGGAUCUCAAGCGAUCUAGAACAAUGCCCACAAAAACUCCAUCUAAACAAACAUUCGCUCAAAAUGCGGAGAUUCCGGCGGUACAGAUUGAUUCCGCAAAGCUGAAGCCUGUACUAUCUCCAUAUCUGAAGCCAUCGUUGACCCCUACUUCAAUCCGCAGCUUCGAAUCUGAUACCGACUCAAUCACGAUUAUAGUUGCUCAAGCAUCUCCCGGUCACCCCAAACCCAUCAAGCUACAUCUCGAUGAUCGAGAGCCUGAAUGGGAGAUUUGCUCCAAGCCAAUCAAGGCUACGAAAAGCGAAAACCUUACGGUCAACAGUGUGCCAACCUCCCCACUCAUCCGCUCUCCUUCGCAGAAACAACCAAGAGUCACGAAACUCAGUGCCCUCUCAUCACAUCCAUCUUCUGCUCCUCUCGACGCACCCUCGCCUCUGCAAAGGUUGCAGAGUUUGUCAACUCCACCACACUCGGCCAGCAGACUCGGCGAGAAGCGUGUAGAGAUCCAAGCAAGAAGAAGGGAAGGAAGGACAGAAGAAGUCGCUACGGCGAAAGCCAUGGUGGGCGUUGCAAGGAGUGUAUCUAUUGUCGCAGCUGUUUCCGCAGUCGUUUCUGCCUUCCAUGGUGGAUCGGAGCUACUCAGAAUUGUCAAGCAGAAACGUCGCGCUCGUAAAGCCCGCGAUCAAGUUCAACAAGAAUGGCAAGAGGAGCAGCUACAAGCUUCUCUACUCGCAGGGGAGCAGCAGAUCGAUCUUAGGUACAAACAAGAUCAGAGAGAGCUGGGCGACUAUGUUCGCGUAGGAGAUGAUACAGCUCGAGAACGCCUCUAUCAUAUAGGGUUUAUGCUGCAGGCUCAGAUUAUCAGCAGCUUACAGCAAGCUGCUACGAACGGAGACUUGCCCCUCAACUUGCAUGUCCUACACGAAGCCUCGAUCACGAAACGGACAGAGACGCUGACAACGUUGGAUGAAUUGAAGCAAAGGAUAUACAUAGCAAGACCUAUGGUACGGCAAUUGAGGCCGUUCGGCGAGGAUCAUACGGGCGCCCCGCAUGAUUACGGCAAGGCGCACCCACUAUCGGAGAGCUAUCCGACCGCAAGCUUCCCAUCACCGAUGGACCUUGAGGAUAAAAGAUAUACCUUGGCCGACUAUUGUGGGAACCAGGCUACCGAAGAUACGUCUAGCAGCUCUCGAUCGGCCUACACGCUUGCACAAGCUGCAGAUCCAAACCUCAAUUUAGCUCUGGAUGGACUCCGCCCCGGAGACCGCGCAUCUAUUAUGAGAGAUAUCCAACACAUAAUAAGCUCUUAUCAAGGACUCCGUGUUGAGAACGGGUCAAGGUCUCCAAAAGGCUACACGCAUAGCGGAGGCCAUCCUGCCCGACGAGAUACUCUUACCAUGCUGAACGACAGAGACUUCUAUGAUGAAGCAGUACAAGAGCAGGACCGAAGCCUACUGCAGCGUUCUCAUGGCCCAUCGUCCCCAACCGAUGCAGUAAAUACAGUUAGGCCUAUGUUUGCUAGGGAGAAGGAGCAGCACAUCUACAACCAACUCUCUCCCGCGAACAAUCCAUAUCCCCGGACACGAACCCAAACGCUACAUCCUCGAUGGUCAGAUGCCUCUAGCUCAGCGCAGUCAAAUGCGGCUUCGCUCGGCCGCAACAGCUCCAAUUCAUCGCAAGGUGACCAUGUCCGCUCUCCAGUGUCGUUAUAUGAUCAACACGAUGAAACUCACAAAGGCUCACCGUACACCUCUCCCUACAUAACUGCAGAAGACAGAUAUACACCAUCGCCCAUUGCACCACUGGCACCCUUACGUCCUCAACCUAAUGCGCCAUCGACCACUUCUCCCAACCAAGACGCAAACACACCAACACACAUGCCCUGGCCCGGAUCGCAACAGCACCAAAAUUCUUCUCCUCCAUUACAGCAUGCGGCACUGGUACAGUAUGGGCCGUCACAGCCAUACAAUGUGCCCAUUGAAGAAAACACUGUCGACAUUAGCAAGUCAACACAUCCUCAAUAUUACGUAACGCCUCCAACAGAACGUGGCACAUCUAGUCCACGCAGUACCAGCGACUACCGAGCUACUGCGUAUAGUUCCCCGAUCGUAGCUCCUACGUCUUCAAUGCCAGGGUCUACAGCUAUCUCCCGCCCUCGACACGCUAGCAUCACACCCUCUAUCGCCUCGACCGACAGCAGUAACUCUGUCCCGAUCGGUAUCCUUCCAGGCCGCCGUGUGCGUAACAACAUCAGAUCUGAUACUAUACAGAGUGGACCUGCGGGCGGGGAAAGAAUGAUGAACGGCCGCCCAAAUAAGGACAACGAUUAUUGGGGGUUCUGUAAAGGUGCCUGGGCUGUAAGAGAGGACCCUAAGAAGGGCAUCGCUGUUCGUAGUCAGCCCCUCGGCUACUAUAAUACAAGACAAAUCUGGAGUUGCAAGGCAUGCACCUUCACAGGCGACGUCUUCACUGCCCCGCAUCCCACAAAGAAAAACAAGACUGUCGAAAUCAUCGAUCCGCGAGUCAAGACCUCAAUGUCGGGGAUACGCUAUCGAUGGAUAUUCCUCGCUAAAUCACACGUUAGAAAGAAGGCAUCAGACCCUAAAUCGAACGAUGACAACUUUGGCUGUGUACUUUGCCUAGCACAGGACAAGGUAACGGGUGUUUAUGGCGGCGUAGAAACACUUAUGAAUCAUAUCGCGCUUACGCAUGUGGCGGACAUGAGCGAGCAGACAAGGAAGAAAGUCAACUGUAUUUUGGGCAGAGUGGCGAAGUGUGAUGAGGAGUUUGACAUCAACGUACCGAUUUUCAAAGAGGAGGAGCUUGCCGGUUGA